GCAGACGCUGCUUCUCUGCUGUGUAACAAAAGUGGUAUUCAUGUAUGUGUAAUAAUGCAACGGGGAUAGAAAGCAGCGGCUCAAGUGCUUAUAUGCAAUGUGUGUGUGGUGGGUGCGCAAGAAAGAAGGGGCAGCAAGGAGUGGCCCUCUACUAUUGAUUUCCGCUGAAAUCCAACCCGAAUUCGUCAGUCUCUCAAAUAAUCUGCUCUGUGUGCGAGAGUCCUUUCUCACAGGGAGACAUCCGUCCUUCGUCUUCCAUCCUGGACGCGAAACACCGACGACGACGAGAUAGAUCCAGUUACUUGAGAGGGUACGACCGAUGCGACGGAAAUAACCAUAAAACACGCAUUGUCCAUUGUUCCAAUAGACAGUCGUUUAACUUUAACCAUGUUGUAAAAUUAGACCAGAUAAGAAGUGUCUCAAGACAGUAGAGUUAGUAUUGAGUGAGUGCAUGGCUACUACGACGAUAAUAAUGAGUUUUAUAGCGGAGGCAAUUUAUUGCAAAAUGCGAAUAAAUAAUUCUACUAGUUGGUGACUAACUUAACCAAAUUGCGAUUAUAACUGUACAUACAUUUGAGACGUUAUACGAUAUCGCUUCUUAUUAUUACACUGGAUUUCGCAAUGUGACGAUGUUUAUUCAAUUCAUUCAUUCAUCACCAGCAGCAUCAUCAUCACCCUUUAUUCAACAUCUUAAAGGACAUCUGAGUCAGUACCACGCCACGUUAAGAACUAACCAGUCCGCUCCCUAGGAGGAUAAGACGGAUCCAUUCGGAAUGACUCAUUACUGAUCGUGCAUAGUUGAAAUUUGAAUUUCGAGAAGAAUGUGACAUUACAUUACUAAACUACCUAAAAGUUCUUUUCCCAACUACUAAUACAUCGUCUAAAAUUCGUGUAACUUCCACGCCACGACACAAAAUUUGUGUAAAAUGUAAAUCCUUCUUAAUUUCUGUAGUGACCUGCUUCAAGUUAAACCUGCUGCUGCUGAUAUUUUAUACUGUGCCAAAAUCUCCGGAAAAUGACAGAGUCUGAGUGCAAACCUGAAAGAUCUCAUGCAAUUAUUAGUGUGGGGAAUAGUUAAUAAUUCAAACGAGACAAUUUACAAAAAGAACUAACUGUAAUCAUGAUGAUGAACAGUGGAGGAAUGUCGAGUAGCAAUAGUGGACUAGGGAAAGUUUAUCCGCAAGGGUUGCCCCCUUGGUUGGCCCGUUUUUUCCAUCGUUUCCCCCACGUGAAUGUCACGGGUCAUCGGGUCAACUCCACGUUCGAUUGGCGAAACGAGGUUUAUGUCGAAUCGUUGGGAAUUUUGGCCUGUCUUCCGGCCCUCCUGCUUAUAUUUUUCCUCUUGAUCCUCCUCUUAUACUUGCUCACGAGAUGUUGUGACCGACAUGCGAAGAGAGAUAGACCCUUAAUUUGUCUUAAAGUGUUGUUAGGAUUUCUUGCGCUUACGUGCUGUGCUGCCAUCGGACUCGGUUUGUAUGGGAAUGACGAUUUUCAUAACGGGAUCGAGUCAUUUGUCUCAUCGUUGAGGAAUAUUCAAGCGUACUUUGAUUUCGUUAAAAAUCAGACUUUAGAAGCUCAAUCUUCGAUAUCUGAGGGAGUGUUUCCUCUCAUGUCCCAACUGGGAGUCGUAUUCGAAAGACCACUGCCGAAUAACACAAUUCAUGUGGAAUUGCUAGCUCAGAUGACGUACAUGGAACAGAACAUGACCAGCACGCUGGACAAUGCGAGAACGUUAGCCCGUUACUUUGAUGAGCUAAUACAAGUCUCCCCUCACUCAACAACUCAACUGAUUGAGACGAUUAGGUGGCCCACAACCCUGGCACUCUUGAUAAUCUUUAUUAUAUUUUGCGUUAUCCUGUUCUACGCCAUUGUUCGUCACUCUCGUUGCUGCUUUAUCACAUUCUCAGUUUUAGGUCUCAUAGCCGUGAUUUUGAAUUGGUGUUUGGUAUCCUUCUACUUGGCCAGUGCUGUGGCACUGGCUGACAUCUGCGUCAAUCCGACACGAGCAGCCGUAACAGAAUUAUCCAUCGGUCGUUCAAUAUCUCCAGAAAUUUCGAGCUACUACUUGGAUUGUGAGCCCAAAAUGCUUGAUCUGCUGGAAGACCCCAUGCACGAGCUGGUCCAGCCUGUACAUUCGCUAAAUAAACCGAUUUAUGGGAAGACGGACACUUUCGACAACUCUGUGCUCGACAGUCAAACAGCUCUGGCCGGCGCACAGCACACGCUACGAGUCAUCAACUCCAUUACGAGCGAGGUUUACCCGUCGGGCGAUGUCGACACAAUUAUUGAUGGGCUCUUCCGCGAACUGUACAAUGUCGAGGCGUACUUGCAAGAGAUCGCAGCAAGGGGUGAGUGUCAGCCCACUCAUUUGCACUGGAAAAAGGGUGUGGAGGGGGUUUGCGGCACGAGUCUGUUUGGGUUAGCCCUUCUCCUCGUGUCAGGUUUGGCGACGGCCCUGCUUUUCACCCUGUUAGUCGGAUUCGACUCUCAUACAUGGAUUUACAUCCAACGAAGGAAGAGGUACUUGCAGAAAGAAGAGAUAGCAUUCCUUCCCUCGUCUUAUGACGGAGGUCAUAGUCAUGCCCACGGUCACGGUACGGGGAGCACAGGUCGUGGAGGACGUCGUUCAGGAGGCGCGGGGUCAAAUUCGCCUUAUAAUAUAGUUUCAAAUUGGGACACGCAACCCACCACCACCCCUUUGUACAGGAAUGGGACAAUGCCACCGGGGGGAUAUUACAGGGGGGAAAGCACCAUGGGUCACGCCGUCGUUGGACCAAACCAUGGCCAGUACGCGACUUUGAGCAAAGGAUGCAAAACCUUAGAAGCGAACGAUUUCUACUAAACGAUGAUCAAAUAAUCAAACCAAGUCUCUUCAGUCAUUUGCUCUAUUUGAUUACUUUAAGACUUAUAACUCGUUGUUCUUCUGUCUGAGGGGACAGCGACGAACGAAACAUGAUGAGAUGAACAGAAAGUACCACACACGCAACACUAUUGUAUACACAUUUAUUAGCUGGAGGAGGAUGUACCUACGUUACGUGAGAUGAUGAUGGACAGUCAAUAGUUAACUAACAGGUGUUGUUAGCUAACUACGUAAUAAUUAACUAAUAUUUGUUGCAGAAAAGUAUUCUAAUCUAAAAUCUAAUCUCUCUUUGACCAAACAGUGUCAAAUAACUCAUGCUACAAAUGAAAAGCUGUUCAUUUCGUUAUUCUAUUGCUCUUUAACACACACAUCAAAAAAUUUCCAGAUUAAAUUAAAUAUUACAGGAAACACCAACCAUACUCAAUUUCUGAUAGACUGCGUCUAUAAAUAUGUAUACUUACUUAUCUCACUGAAAGAAAAGCUAAAGAUUUUUAUUCUUAGUCAGUUUAAAUCUACAGCGUUUUAAAACGUAUCCUUCUUCUUGUUCUUCUUGAAUCGGAAUUAAUUUUCCUGUACGUCCGCUAAUUAUUUGACGAUAUUUCCCCCAUUUUUUACGAAGAAACAGCGAUAUAAUUAGCGAUAUUAUUAAUUAUCUCAUUCCAUUUAAACAGCGGCCAUUCCUCAGCUAAGUAACUGCUUAAUUUUUGCACAAUAAUAUUUUACAACAAAUCCAAUCCAGUCAGGACCUAAAUAGCAGUUAAUUAAUUAACCGCAACUAUGCAAAGAGUCAGAAAGUUAUGAAUUAACUAUCUAAUAAUAAUUAAAAUAAUCAUUUCGUGUCAUAUUUACAUAUUUAUUAUGCCACCACUUUUACAAAGAUACACAUUUGUCCAAACAAAAAAUUGAAUUCGUAAUGUUUGUAGUCUGACCCAUUUUUACGAUUAUACUUUCUCCUCGUAUACAAUUUAGUCAAUAUUUACAUAUUUAUUUACAAACAAAAUGCAAAACAAAACGAAACAAAAAAGCGUACUCCACAUUUAGUCAUAUUUAUUAUUAUUUACAAAAACCGUUCUGUUCAGCAUUUACUGUAGCCCUUUAGAAGAAGAAAAAAAUGAUAAUUCGACAAAACCAACCACGCAGCUCAGCUCAUUGUUAAUCGUUAAGUACAAUACAAAGGCGUCUGAAUUUUUUAAAAACUGACUGGAUGACCGGUCAUCUCUGGAGGUGGGUUUUUAACCUACGAUUAAUUGUAACGAAAACCAAUUUGUUGUUCCCAUCCUGAUAUUGAAUGCUUAGAAAUGAAAGUGAGACUUUGACCUAAAUGUUAUACAUACAUACAAAUUAUUGAUUGAGAAAGUUGUAAUUUCCUCCUAGAGGGAAAAUUGAGACAGUAAAGACGUUGAUAUGUUGAUGAUAAUAGUAGACACACAUUUAGCUGAAAGACUAGAGGGAGGCAAUAAUAAAAGUAUAAUUGUACCGGCGUUCGUUUCGACAAAUAUUUCAUCGUCGCUGAAAUUUAUAUUCCUCAACUUAUGCUACAUAAAUAUGUUCAAUAUUGGCUGAUAAUAUUGUUAAUUAAAUUUACUUUGAUGAUGAUAAGCCCUAAAACUGCUCUAGUAAUUAAUUACUACGUAUAAUUAUUCCGUAAUUUUAUUGUCUUUGUCCUUAGCAAGUAGGGAAAUUAUAUUUUGUAGCUGCUUAGUCCUAGUCAGGCCAUAUUAUGAUUAAUAACUUUAUUAAUUAUUGAUAAAUAUGCAGUAGUUAAUUAAUGUAAAAGGUGGAAACAUUAUGAUAAAAAUGUCCUUUUAAGAAGGACGAGGACAGUUUUUUGUACCCAGUAAAUCUCAUCUCAUUAAAUUACUAUGAUAAUUAAAUACAAACACGAAAAUAUGAUAUGACUUCCAUAUCUGCGUUAUUCAACUUAUUUUUGUUCUUUUUAAAUUGAAUCGACUUGCACUUACACGACGCUCUUAUACACACAAAUAUCUUUGUAAAGAAAGAAGCUACAUACAUAAAUAUUGCAAGAUUAUAUUUAUCAGUUUGUUAUCAAACAAUGAUGUUCUAUGCAAAACAAUUUAUUUAAAAAAGUAUGCAAUUAAAUAUACUUUACAUUGAUGAUACAUAAUUACACAAAAUUGUGUUGUUUUUUGUGUGGAGAAAAACAUGAAUCCGGUAAUAAACAGAAUUAAAUUGAUAUUGAAAACU